UCCGUCACCGGUUGUCCAACUUCGGGACCGAAGUUUCCAAAAUAUUAGAAUGGUAGAGUGAAUGGUGUUGAUUUUUGGAUGACUGAUAAGAUCCGAAAAAUUCUCCAAUCAGUAUGCAUUCCCACUCGGCCUUCGAAUAUACCGAUUGGCUUCCCCUUCCACACCUUCCACCCUUUGUCCCUUCCAACUUCUGCACACACCUGCCACCUGCAGUAUUGGUAAUCGCCAUAUGGGUCUCUGACGCUAACACCUCUGAGAAAACAUUUUGCCCAUGUCAAUUUCCAACACUGAUCUCCUAUCAGGCUAUCUUACCCUUGUCCGAGGUCCAAUAGGGAAAGAUGCAUUGUUAUCCUCUGACCGCGUUUGGAGGCAAUGGCCGGAUUAUACAUAAGACGCACUUCUUUCCCCUCUAGAAUGUUUUGUGAAGCUUUUACCAUUCGCAACUUCCCAUCCACUAUACCUCCCUGAAGCAGCCGAUCUUUGAUCAAAGAAGUUUCAGUAUGGCAGGUCGGCCUGAUCAUGAGGAAGAAUUCGCCACUCCGGAUCCUGUUGCCGCAUUGGAAGAUACAACUCGUGAAGAACCACGAGAUGAGGAUGGGUCUGAUAGAGAAUAUUUAGAAAGACAUGGUGAACUAUCAACUCAUCAAAACUCACUCAAUGCCGGAAACCGCGAGAAGGAAUAUAUGGAAAUUUCGAGCCCAGGUGGUGUGGAUAGCCAUUCGUCAGAGGGGGAUUUCGACCAUGAGAAACGACCGGAGAUAAAGCGGAUUCAAAGUUAUGCCACAUCUAAUAGUGCUGUAACGAGAACAGAUUCAAAUGUAGAUCAUCCUGUUGUCACAAAAGCAUGGUACAAAAAGAUCAAUCCAUUGAAAUGGGGAUCUGUUCCUCCCGUUCCAGAAACCCGAACACCAUCCAAAGAAUACACAGCUUCUUUAUUUUCUUUAAUAUACUUCCAAUGGAUGGCACCUAUAAUGGAUGUGAGUCUUUGAUCCAGGCUAGCUUCAUGCGUCUCUUAUGCUAAUGAUUCUAGGCUGGCUAUCGACGACCACUCGAACAUAAUGAUAUAUGGACGGUAAACCCCAAUCGAAGUGUGGACCUAUUAACGGACAAAUUGCAAACAUCUUUCAAACGAAGAGUAGCGGAUGGGGACAAAAAUCCACUGAUAGGGGCCUUGCACGAAACAUUCAAAUUCGAGUUUUGGGUAGGAGGAGCUUGUCAAGCUAUGUCCAAUAUCCUCCAAGUUAUUUCACCUUUUACCCUACGAUAUCUGAUUACAUUCGCCUCGGACGCAUAUAUAGCAGCACAAGAAGGACUUCCUGCGCCUAACAUUGGAAAAGGAUUAGGACUCGUGUUUGGUAUCACUAUAAUGCAAAUGUUGCAAUCUCUGGGUACCAACCAUUUCAUAUAUCGUGGUAUGAUGGUUGGAGGCCAAUCGAGAGCCGUGCUUAUUUCGGCCAUUUUCGAAAAGGCUAUGAAAAUCUCUGGGCGAGCCAAGGCUGGAGGCCGUUCGAUCAAGAGCCAAGAAGAUGAAAAGGCUGCUCAGCAAGCUCAAGAUCUAGUCGAGCAAGCUAAGGGCAAGAAAGACAAGAAGAAUUCGGGUCCCAAAGGAGCACCAGAUGCUGGACGGGGAAUAGCAGGUGACGGUACAGGAUGGGCAACAGGAAAAAUCCUGAAUCUCAUGGCCACGGACACCUACAGGGUGGAUCAGGCAAGCGGCAUGUUCCAUUUGAUCUGGACAGCACCCAUUUCUUGCAUUAUCACUCUGAUACUCCUUGUGAUCAAUUUGACCUACAGCGCUCUUGCAGGUUUUGGAGUGCUGGUCGUCGGUCUUCCCUUGUUGACCAAGGCUGUCAAGAGACUUUUCGCAAGACGGAGGGCUAUCAACAAGAUCACUGAUCAAAGAGUCAGUCUCACACAGGAGAUUCUUCAGUCAGUGCGAUUUGUGAAGUUUUUCGGCUGGGAGACGGCCUUUCUAGACAGACUUUCUGCCAUCAGGAAUAAGGAGAUUCGUUCUAUUCAAAUCUUAUUGGCGAUACGAAACGCCAUAAACGCUGUCUCCAUGACUAUGCCUAUCUUUGCUUCAAUGAUAGCUUUUAUUACCUACAGCUUGACAGAUCACGGGCUUAGUCCAGCACGAGUAUUCUCAUCUCUUGCUUUGUUCAACUCAUUACGAUUGCCGCUAAACCUACUGCCCAUGGUCAUUGGGCAGGUUAUUGAUGCUUGGUCGUCAAUUCAUCGAAUUCAAGAGUAUUUGCUCAGUGAGGAGCAAGAAGAUGAUGCGAAGCCAGAUCAUAAACUAGAAGGAGCAAUAGUUUUACGAAGCGCCGACUUUACUUGGGAACGAACAGCUACCCAAGAUUCGGAAAAAAGCGGACCACCUGGAAAAAAGCAAACAAAGGCCGAGGCUAAAGCCGAGAAAACCGCCAUCACACCUCAGUCGAAUUCCUCCAAAAACAAUGACGAUGCGAGCACUAUUACUGAAGAGGGAGAACCUUUCCAUUUACAAAAUUUGAAUUUCACUAUUGGCAGGAACGAAUUGGUAGCUGUGAUAGGUGGAGUCGGAAGCGGGAAAAGCUCUUUGCUUGCUGCUCUCGCAGGUGAUAUGCGAAAAACAAGUGGAGAGAUGAUCAUGGGUGCCGAUCGAGCCUUUUGCCCACAAUACGCUUGGAUUCAGAAUGCAACUGUCAAGGACAAUAUCUUGUUUGGGAAGGACAUGAACAAAUCAUGGUAUAACAAAGUAAUUGAUGCCUGUGCAUUGAGACCUGAUCUGGACAUGCUACCAAAUGGUGAUCAAACCGAGAUUGGUGAAAGGGGUAUCACUGUGUCCGGAGGUCAGAAACAACGAAUGAAUAUUGCACGGGCUAUCUAUUUUGAUGCUGAUUUGAUUUUAAUGGAUGACCCCUUAAGCGCCGUCGAUGCACAUGUUGGUCGUCACAUCUUCGACAAUGCGAUCAUGGGCCUGUUGAAGGAUAAAGCUAGAAUUUUGGCCACGCAUCAGCUAUGGGUACUAAACCGUUGUGACAGGAUUAUAUGGAUGGAAGAAGGCAAGAUCCAAGCGAUUGACACAUUUAGCAAUCUCAUGAACAAUUAUGCUAGUUUCCAACAGCUCAUGGAGACAACAGCAGUCGAAGAACAACACGAGCCAGAAGCCGAAGAAGAAGAUGUUGCAGAGGAGAAGAAGACUGAAAAGAAGAAGAAGCAUAAAGCCCCAGGUUUGAUGCAAGCCGAAGAGAAAUCCGCCAAGAGUGUUUCAUGGGCAGUCUACGCCGAUUACGUCCGGGCUUCUGGUAGUCUUUUAAACGCACCGAUCGUCUUAUUACUACUUCUACUUUCGCAAGGUGCCAAUAUUGCCACUAGUUUGUGGCUAUCGUGGUGGACAAGCAAUAAAUUCGGAUACUCCACCGCGGUGUAUAUUGGAGUUUAUGCUGCGCUCGGUGCUUGUCAAGCUUUGCUACUGUUCUUCUUUGCUUUGUAAGUGAUUUACUUUUCUACCCAUAGUGUCCAAUAGUCCCUACUCCAGCCGGACAAUGAGCUAGUUGCUUUGGGUUCUUGACUUCAUUUCAAAAAUUCAAAUUGUUUGAGGACUUCAAAACGAUUGAAAUAUUCGGAUUAUUUGAGGAAUUUAAAUAAUCGGGUCCCUGAAUGCAGUUCAAACAUUCAAAUCAUUUGAUUAUCCUAAUUGGAUUCACUACUUCAAGUAAUUUGAAUGUUUGGAAAAUACUCAAAGAUUUAAACCUUUCCAAACAUGGAAAGCUCAGAUCUAGUCUGCCAAUUCAACUUAUUCGACACUCUGUUCCUAAACGCUAAAUCGAGAUGGUCAGUUUUGCUAACACACAUCAGGUCUCUUACAAUCCUAGGAACAAUUGCAAGUAAGGUAAUGCUCAGCAAAGCCAUUACAAAAGCACUCCGGGCACCUAUGUCUUUCUUUGACACAACUCCUUUGGGCCGUAUCACGAACCGGUUCUCGAGAGAUGUUGAUGUCAUGGAUAAUAAUCUUACAGAUGCCAUCCGAAUGUACUUUUUAACUAUGGCCAUGAUUCUCUCGGUCUUUGCUUUAAUCAUUGCCUACUUCUAUUAUUUUGCUAUUGCGCUUGCACCAUUAUUAGUGCUAUUCAUUUUCGCAUCCGGAUAUUAUCGAGCAUCGGCACGAGAAAUGAAGCGUUUCGAAUCAGUCUUCCGAUCAAAUCUAUUUGCCAAAUUCAGUGAGGGGCUUUCUGGAACAGCUACUAUUAAAGCAUAUGGGCUACAAGAUCGAUUCAUCAAUGAUCUGAGGAAGGCUAUUGAUGAGAUGAAUUCUGCCUAUUUUCUUACAUUCUCCAACCAGCGCUGGCUGUCAACUCGGCUUGACGUUAUCGGUAAUUUACUCGUAUUCGUGACUGGAAUUCUAGUUAUCACUUCUAGAUUCUCCGUCGGGCCAUCCACUGCAGGAUUGGUAUUGUCUUACAUUCUGUCUAUUGUUCAAAUGAUUCAAUUUACCGUUCGCCAAUUAGCGGAAGUGGAGAAUGGAAUGAAUGCCACGGAGCGUCUCCAUUAUUAUGGUACGUCUCUAGAAGAGGAGGCGCCACUUCAUACGAUAGAAGUUCGCCCAUCAUGGCCCGAAAGUGGCGAGAUUGUUUUCAACAACGUUGAAAUGAGAUACAGGGAAAAUCUUCCACUGGUUUUGUCCGGCCUCUCGAUGCAUAUCAAAGGUGGCGAGCGUAUUGGAGUGGUUGGUCGUACAGGUGCUGGAAAAUCAAGUAUCAUGUCCACCCUCUUCCGCCUUGUUGAAAUAUCUAGUGGUUCAAUCAUUGUGGAUGGUGUGGAUAUCAGCAAGAUUGGCCUUCAUGACCUUCGAUCUCGUCUUGCUAUCAUCCCGCAAGAUCCCACCCUGUUCAAGGGAACCAUCAGAAGCAAUCUUGAUCCAUUCAACGAACACACUGAUUUGGAGCUUUGGUCCGCAUUACGACAAUCUGACCUUGUGGCAUCAGACUCGAAUCUCAACGAUGAGGUCACAGGGCGUAUACAUCUCGAUUCUAUAGUCGAAGAUGAAGGGUUAAAUUACUCGUUAGGUCAAAGACAACUAAUGGCUCUUGCUCGCGCUCUUGUCCGUGGCUCACAAAUCAUUGUUUGUGACGAAGCUACCAGCUCCGUUGAUAUGGAAACUGAUGAGAAGAUUCAAAGAACUAUUCAAGAAGGGUUCAGAGGCAAGACACUUUUGUGUAUUGCCCAUAGGCUCAAGACUAUUAUUGGGUAUGAUCGCAUUUGCGUCAUGGAUAAGGGUACAAUCGCAGAAUUAGAUGAGCCUAUCAGGUUAUGGGAGCAGGGAGGGAUUUUUAGAGCUAUGUGUGAUAGAAGUGGUAUUCGAAGAGAGGACUUUGCUAGAGCAGCGGUUCCGACCGCGACGAAACAGGAUUAAAGAAUAAUGGUUUUUCUAAUUGAUGGAUCGGUUAAGGUUGUAUAUAUGAUGGAUGAAAAAUGAGAUAUGGGAUAUAUGCGUUUCAUGGGAAUUGGCGUUUAGGAGAAAGAUAAUAGAUGUUGAGCAAACGAAAGUUAUGAGGUUGAUACGUUUGCACGGAUGUUUUCGCACGGAGUACGAUGGCACAGCGAAUAUGCGAAAUCACACACAAAUUUAGUUCAAAGCAUUCGAGUACAAAAUCAUUUCGUUUCCUCGUAACCAUCGUGAGUGGAUAGAGGGUGUAAAAACUAACCCCUGACUAAGUCUUGUUUCCCGUUUAAUCUCGCAAUGAUGAAAUUUCCAAAGAAUCCAUCUAGAUCACCAACAGUUUGAAGGAGCUCAAAGAUGGUAACAAAACCGGGUCUGGAAGGAAGUGGGCUA